GGUCCGGGCCGGUUCGGUCCAGGAUACACGGCCGGGAAGGACCAGCGCCGAGCCCAGCGGAUGUCGGAGCCGGGCCCCGGGGUCCGGGAGGCAGCGCUCACAGGUGCUUCCAGAUUAGCAGCAAAAUGAAUUCAAAGAGAGACUUGGAAACUACAUUUGAGGAAGACUCUCAGCCAAAUGAUGAGGUGGUUCCUUAUAGUGACGAUGAAACGGAAGACGAACUUGAAGUAUCGGAGCCGGCUGAGGAACCCGAGCAAAACAGAAUCAACAGGGCAACAGAGGAGACUCGGGAAACACUCAGAAAGGAUUGUAUGUGGCAUGUUAAGGCAAAUGAUCAUGACUUCCAUAUUCAGCCCCAGUAUAUGAAAACAACAUUCUUUUGUUUGAAAGAAAGCAAAUAUGCGAAUAAUGCAAUUAAAACCUACAAGUACAAUGCAAUUACCUUUCUACCAAUGAAUUUGUAUGAGCAGUUUAAGAGAGCUGCCAAUUUCUAUUUCCUGAUUCUUCUCAUUUUACAGACGAUCCCUGAAAUAACCACUCUUGCAUGGUAUACUACACUUGUGCCUUUACUGUUGGUGUUGGGAAUUACAGCAAUCAAGGACCUUGUGGAUGAUGUUGCUCGUCAUAGAAUGGAUAAAGAAAUAAACAACAGAACAUGUGAAGUCAUCAAAGAUGGCAGGUUCAAAAAUGCAAAGUGGAAAGAGGUUCAAGUUGGAGAUGUCAUUCGUCUGAAAAAAAAUGAUUUUAUUCCUGCUGACAUUCUGCUGUUGUCCAGUUCAGAACCGCACAGCCUUUGUUACGUGGAAACUGCUGAAUUAGAUGGGGAAACCAACCUGAAGUUCAAAAUGGCUCUGGAUGUAACAGACAGAUUGCUCCAAAAAGAAAACUCCUUGGCAGAAUUUGAUGGUUUGGUGGAAUGUGAAGAACCCAAUAAUCGGCUAGACAAGUUUACAGGAACAUUAACUUGGAGAGGUGAACGGCACCCUCUGGAUGCUGAUAAAAUUUUAUUGCGAGGUUGUGUUAUCAGGAAUACAGAUUUCUGUCAUGGACUGGUCAUUUUUGCAGGAGCAGACACUAAAAUAAUGAAAAACAGUGGAAAAACCAGAUUUAAAAGAACGAAAAUUGAUUACCUGAUGAACUACGUGGUUUACACGAUCUUUGUUCUACUUAUCCUGAUUUCUGCUGGUCUUGCAAUUGGACAUGCUUAUUGGGAAGCACAGAUUGGUAACUCUUCUUGGUAUCUCUAUGAUGGAGAGAACUACACACCUUCUUAUCGUGGAUUCUUUAAUUUCUGGGGUUACAUCAUCGUUCUGAACACCAUGGUGCCCAUUUCACUUUAUGUAAGUGUCGAAGUCAUCCGUCUGGGUCAGAGUUAUUUUAUAAACUGGGACUUGCAAAUGUACUAUCCUGAGAAGGACACAGGAGCAAAGGCAAGAACGACCACUCUGAAUGAACAACUUGGGCAAAUCCAUUACAUCUUCUCUGACAAGACGGGGACUUUGACCCAAAAUAUCAUGACAUUCAAAAAAUGCUGCAUCAAUGGGGAAAUAUAUGGGGAACCCAGAGACUCGGGUCAACAUAAUCAUGCCAGAGUGGAGCCAGUUGAUUUUAGCUGGAGUACCUAUGCGGACGGAAAGUUUGACUUUUAUGACCAUUACCUGAUCGAACAAAUUCAGGGAGGGAAAGAGUCUGAAGUGCGACAUUUCUUCUUUCUGCUUGCAGUGUGUCACACUGUCAUGGUGGAUAGGACUGAUGGCCAACUAAACUAUCAGGCUGCCUCUCCUGAUGAAGGUGCUCUGGUAACUGCAGCCAGGAACUUUGGUUUUGCUUUCCUUUCCCGAACUCAGAACACCAUCACAAUAAGUGAGAUGGGAAUUGAAAGGACCUACAAUGUCCUUGCUAUCUUGGACUUUAAUAGUGAUCGAAAGAGAAUGUCUAUAAUUGUAAGAGCCCCAGAAGGCAACAUCAGACUUUACUGUAAAGGUGCUGACACUGUUAUUUAUGAACGGCUACAUCCAAUGAAUCCUACCAAACAGGAAACACAGGAUGCACUAGAUAUCUUUGCAAAUGAAACUCUGAGAACAUUAUGCCUUUGCUACAAAGAUAUUGAUGAUAAUGAAUACAUGGAAUGGAAUAAAAAGUUUACGGCUGCCAGUUUGGCACCAGCAAACCGUGAUGAGCUUCUGGAUAAAGUCUAUGAAGAAAUUGAAAAAGAUCUAAUACUACUGGGAGCUACGGCUAUUGAAGACAAGCUACAGGAUGGAGUCCCAGAAACCAUUUCAAAACUUGGAAAAGCAGACAUUAAGAUCUGGGUCCUUACUGGUGACAAAAAAGAAACUGCUGAGAACAUAGGAUUUGCCUGUGAACUUCUGACAGAAGAAACUAGUAUCUGCUAUGGAGAAGAUAUUAAUGCCCUUCUUCAGACGAGGCUUGAAAACCAGAGGAACCGAAGUGGAAUGUGUGCCAAAUUCACACAGGCCAAUACAGCAAAUGAACCUUUCUUUCCAUCCGGGGGAAACCGCGCUUUAAUAAUCACAGGUUCCUGGUUGAAUGAAAUUCUGCUAGAGAAGAAGACGAAGAAAAGUAAUAUUCUGAAACUAAAAUUCCCCAGGACAGAAGAGGAAAGGCGAAUGCGGACUCAAAGCAAAAAGAGGCUUGAAGUUAAUAAAGAGCAACAACAAAAGAACUUUGUUGAUUUGGCGUGCGAGUGCAAUGCAGUGAUCUGCUGCCGUGUAACACCUAAACAGAAGGCCAUGGUGGUUGACUUAGUUAGGAAAUAUAAGAAAGCUAUAACACUGGCUAUCGGAGAUGGUGCCAAUGACGUAAAUAUGAUUAAAACUGCCCAUAUUGGUGUUGGGAUAAGUGGACAAGAAGGAAUGCAAGCUGUCAUGUCUAGUGACUAUUCUAUUGCUCAGUUCAGAUACUUACAAAGGUUAUUGUUGGUCCAUGGUCGCUGGUCUUACAUAAGAAUGUGCAAAUUCCUAAGAUACUUUUUCUACAAAAACUUUGCAUUCACUUUAGUUCACUUCUGGUACUCAUUCUUCAAUGGAUAUUCUGCUCAGACUGCUUAUGAAGACUGGUUCAUCACCCUCUACAACGUGCUAUAUUCCAGCCUUCCUGUCCUCCUUGUUGGCUUGCUUGACCAGGAUGUGAGUGACAAACUCAGCCUUCGCUUUCCCAGCCUGUACCUUGUCGGACAGAGGGACUUACUGUUCAACUACAAGAAAUUCUUCAUCAGCCUGUUCCAUGGGAUCUUAACAUCUAUGAUUCUGUUCUUCAUACCCUAUGGGGCUUAUCUACAGACCAUGGGCCAAGAUGGAGAGGCACCUUCAGAUUACCAGUCAUUUGCUGUUACAGUGGCCUCUGCUCUUAUAAUAACGGUCAAUUUCCAGAUUGGCUUGGAUACCUCUUACUGGACUUUCGUGAAUGCUUUUUCAAUUUUUGGAAGCAUUGCCCUUUAUUUCGGCAUCAUGUUUGACUUUCACAGUGCUGGAAUACAUGUGCUCUUCCCAACAUUCUUUCAGUUCACAGGUACUGCGCCGAACGCUCUACGGCAGCCCUACCUUUGGUUGACGAUCAUUUUAACAGUGGCCGUGUGUUUGCUUCCCAUCAUUGCAUUACGUUUCCUAACGAUGACAAUCUGGCCGUCAGAAAGUGAUAAAAUUCAGAAGAACCGUAAGAGAUACAAGGCUGAAGAACAGUGGAAGCGGAGGCAGAGCGUGUUCCGCCGAGGCGCAUCUGCUCGGCGCUCGGCUUACGCUUUCUCCCACCAGCGGGGAUACGCGGACCUCAUCUCCUCAGGCCGCAGCAUCCGCAAAAAGCGAUCUCCUCUGGAUUCAGUCCUGGGAGAAGCAGCACAGUUUGAAGGACCCGCACUUUUUAGAAAGAUUGAUACAAGCUGAUGAAUUUUUCUCGGAAAAGUGCUGUCCCGCAUAACUUGUUGCACAGAGAAAAUACAUAUUUUUUUAACAGAAGACUCAGGACUUUUUAAGAAUUGAAUUUGACAAGAGGAUGUUCACGUCGGGAACACUUACCAAGCAAAAUUGCUCUUUUGGGAGUACUAGGAAUUAGAAAAGUCAAGUGUGUUGCUUUGAAAUAUAUCCCACGUCUCAACUUUUUGUGCCCAGCAUAACUGAAGAUUAUUGGAGGCAUUUGAAAACAAAGUUUUUUCUCAACCCAAACAGAUGGUGUUGUGACACUUGAAACAGCAAGACUGGACAUUUUAUACCUUUUAAAAU